AUGGUUAGCGGGCCUUACAUGUUCCUCAGGACGCGGGUAGACAAAGUCAACGCCGAGCUUGUCACGCUCACAUAUGGGACCAUCGUGGCCCAACUGUGUACAGACUACGACUAUGACUACACCCAGGUCAACCAGCAAUUGGACAAAAUGGGGUAUAAUAUCGGCAUGCGACUCAUUGAGGAUUUCCUUGCAAAGUCCAAUACUGGCCGCUGUGGAAAUUUCAGGGACACGGCGGAGAUGAUCUCCAAGGUUGGCUUUAAGAUCUUUCUCAACAUUACACCCACCGUCACGAACUGGACCGCCGAUAACAAGCAAUUCUCGUUAUUGUUUGACGAAAACCCUCUGGCAGACUUUGUGGAGCUUCCGGACGACGGGCGGGCUCAAGAUGAGCUGUGGUUCUCUAACAUACUCUGUGGUGUCCUACGCGGAGCAUUGGAAAUGGUUCAGAUGUCCAUCGAGGCACGUUUUGUCAGUGACAUGCUUCGCGGCAACGACGUGACGGAAAUGCGGGUUACUCUGAUUCGGUACAUCGAGGACGAGAUGCCUCCUGACGAUGAAUAG